CUACGUGAACGCGCCAAAUUUGAAGGAUCCGCCAUUUUUGUUGUGAAAGUGACCGGAAUAUACCGCGACAGCGCUGACCGAGGAGGAGGAUGGCGCCCGGGACAAAGAGUGAUCUGGUUGAUAUUCCCACCAGCAUAACAAGUCCUGAUGGUGAUGCCAUUAAAGUAUUUGUAAGGAUCCGGCCACCUGUCGAGGGAAACGCGGGCAGUGAUGGUGACCAGGGGCAAUGCCUCUCUGUACUGUCUCCCAAAGUGAUUUGCUUGCAUUCCAAACCGGAGCCAAAGGUCUUUACAUUUGAUUACGUGGCAAAUACGGAGGCAACUCAGGAGUCUGUUUUCUCAUGUGUGGCAAAAAAUAUUAUCGAAUCCUGUUUGAGUGGUUACAAUGGCACUAUCUUUGCUUAUGGGCAGACAGGUUCAGGAAAGACAUUUACAAUGCUUGGGCCAUCUGACUCUGAUAACUUUACUCAUAACCUGAGAGGGGUUAUUCCAAGGAGUUUUGAGUAUUUGUUCUCCUUAAUAAAUCGUGAGAAAGAAAAGGCUGGUGAUGGGAAAAGUUUUCUGUGUAAAUGUUCGUUUAUUGAAAUCUACAAUGAACAGAUAUUUGACUUGUUGGACUCUGCACCUACUGGACUUGUUCUUAGGGAACAUAUAAAGAAAGGAGUCUUUAUUGUUGGUGCUGUGGAGCAAGCAGUGGCCUCUGCUGCUGAGGCAUACCAGGUUCUUUCUACUGGAUGGCGGAAUAGACGAGUAGCUUCAACCUCUAUGAACAGAGAAUCCUCCAGGUCUCAUGCUGUCUUCACUGUCGCAAUUGAAUCUAUGGAAAAGAUUAAUGAAAUUGUCAACAUAAGAUCUUCACAACUUAACCUUGUUGAUCUUGCUGGAUCAGAAAGACAGAAAGACGCUCAUACUGAAGGAGUCAGGCUUAAGGAGGCUGGCAGCAUAAAUCGAUCGCUGAGUUGCCUGGGUCAGGUGAUCACAGCCUUGGUGGACGUGGCUAAUGGAAAGCAGAGACACAUAUGUUACAGAGACUCCAGACUUACAUUUUUGUUACGGGACUCUCUUGGAGGUAAUGCAAAAACCUUUAUCAUUGCAAAUGUUCAUCCUGGAUCCAGGAGUUUUGGCGAAACACUUUCUACUCUUCAUUUUGCCCAGAGAGCAAAACUAAUUAAAAACAAGGCUGUAGUUAAUGAAGACACCCAGGGGAACGUGAGUCAGCUACAAGCAGAGGUGAAGAAGCUGAAGGAACAGCUUUCUCAGCUCCUUUCCGGACAGAUGCCACAGGAUAUUUCUAUUGCCAGAGCUCCUUCCAUUGAUGAGACAGAUUACAUGAAUAACUUUUUAGAGGCAAUGAUGCUUUUGGAGAAAUCUGAAAAUGAGAAGAAGGCCUCAUUACAGAAAGUAGCUCAGCUGGAAGACCUCUGCAGCAAGAAAGAAAAGUUCAUCCAGUCAAACAAAAUGAUUGUUAAAUUCAGGGAAGAUCACAUUGCUCGACUUGAGAAAGCUCAUAGAGAUGGCCAAGCAACCUUGUCGAAUAAUGAACAGGACAACCUCCUAGCAGAGAUGAAGCAAGAACUCAAAGUUUUAAAAGGACAGAUUGAGCAUCAUCCUCGUGUAGCAAAAUAUGCCUUAGAGAACCACAGUCUAAGGGAAGAGAAUAAGAAUCUCCGCUCUCUCCAGUCUGUAAAACGAGCGCAAGAAAUUGACAAUCAAAAGAUCGCAGACCUUGAAAGAGCUUUCUUGGAAGCUUCCUUGCGUGCAAAGAAGAAUGGUGCUUUACCAAUGCACUCGACACCAAUACCCUCUGAAAAUAGUAUGGUUUCUACAGAGAGGCAAAAGGAGAAGUUACUUCAGCUUCAAAGUGAGCUGGCCACAGCAAAACAAGAAUAUGAAGAAUUUAAAGAAUUGACAAAGAAGAAGCAGGUUGAACAGGAAUCUGAGCUUCAGUCUUUGCUCAAAUCUAAUAAGCAUCUUGAAGACAUUUUUGAGGCCAUCAAAGCCCACAAGAGGAAUGAAGUGUCCCAACUGAACAAAAUGCAUGCAGAAACAAUAAAAAUUCUGACUACUCCAACAAAAGCUUACCAUUUAAGAUCACGACUUGUUCCUCGUCUCAGUCCAGAAGGCAUCGAAGGUGCUUUGCUGGAUACUCCUAAGUCUAGGGACCAUCAUGACAAUAUAAUCAAUGAACCCAUCCCUCCAGAGAUGAGUGAACAAGCCUAUGAAGCUAUUGCUGAGGAACUGCGAAUGAUGCAGGAGCAGGUGACGGCACUGCAAGCUAAAAAUGAUGAGGAAGAGAGCAAAAAUAUGAAGUUACAACAACAGGUUGACAAGAUGGUGCAUCAUUCCACUCAGAUGGAAGAGCUUUUUUCAUCAGAGAGGGCAAGCUGGAACAGCAGACAUCAAGAACUUCUUGCACAGAUUAAUGUUUUUGAAAAACGGCAGCAAGACUUUAAAGGCGGAGAAGAUGUUUUAAAAAGCGAGGUCCACGAUCUACGUGUAGUACUUCAGUCUGCAGAUCGCGAGCUUCGGGCUGUAAAGAUCGAGUACAGUUUAUACAAAGGAAAACAAGAAAAGGAGAUGAGUGACCUGUCUGACCGCCACAUAAAUGUGCAGCUGCAAUUGGACAAUGUCAGGUUGGAGCAUGAAAGUUUACUGGAGGAGAAGCGAUCCCUUCAAGAUGCUUAUGAUAACUUGGAAGAAGUCAUGAAGUUUGAAUCCGAUCAACUAAAACAAGAGCUUUCUGACAGCAAACGUGAGAAUAAAACAGUGAAAGCUGAACUUGGUAAUCUUUUGGAGCUUUUGGAGACUGAAAAAGAGCACCGCCAAAAUCUGAAAUCGCAACUAGAAGAAGACAAAGAAAACAAGUCUAGAGAGCUUCUAAACGUUUUGGAAGAGAGUAUGAUCCUCAAAAAACAGUGCUCUGAACUGACAACCAAGUGUGAGCUGCAGAUCACACAGCUACAAACUUGUGAACUCCAAUUAACUGCAUCAAAAGAAAUCAUCAACGAUCUUGAGAAAAAUUGCUCUUCAGAUAAGGAAAUCAUGACGGAUCUUAUGAAUCAAAUCCAAAGCCUGCGAACAACCCUCUUACACAAAACUGAGUCUAUAGAUGUUUUUACGCAAGAAUUGGAAGAUCUCAAUAGUAAAUACAGUUCUGUCUUAUCUGCUAAAGAGGAGAGCAAAACCCUUUUAGAAAUGCAGGAGAAACUAAUCGAGGAACUGAGAGAGGGCUUGGAAAGGAAGCAGUCAGCUGACAGUAUUGAGAGAGAACUUUUAUGCGAGGACUUGACUCAUGCAACUGAACAGCUUGGCAAGUUAACUGAAGCCUUUAAUAAUCAAGAAGCAUUGCUUGUAGAGCAAAAAGAAGAAUUACUCAAAAAAGAACAAUUGAUUACAGAACUAACAAACCAGAUACAGAUGCUUGAAAUGCCAGACACUGAUGAUGAAGGAAUAAAACCACCCAUUAGCAACAAAGGAUCCCCUGCUAUGCUUCUGCAGACUCCAAAAACUCCAAUUGGAAACCCAUUUGACUGUGAGAUGACGCGUCUUAACAAUAAAAACUCACAGUUGGAGCAGCUUAUAUCGGCAUUAAAUGAGGAAAGAAUGUCCAAAAAUGAAGAAAUAAUCAGACUCAAGACCCAGUUAUGUGAAACAGAAAAUCUUCGUCUUGAGAUCCAGAAUUUGCAUGGACAAUGCGAGGAGUUACAAAUCCAGCUAAAAAACUGCACAAAAGGAGAGAAUGCUUGCAAUGAACAGUCAAAAUCUGACAUGCUGGACUUGAAGAAAGAAAUUGAGAAAGAAGUUUCUGAACGGCUAGAAAAGGGUCGAACAUCUGAGCAACUUUUGAAAAUGCAAGCUGAGUUAGAAGAGGCGAGGGACAUGCUUAGAAAUAAAGAAAAUUCACUCAGUGAGCUGCAUAAGGAACUUGAUCGAACAAGAGCUUUAGAACUGAAGGAAUUCCAGGAGAAAGAGGAAAUUCGGUCUCUAAUGGAAGCAAGAAAUGAAGAGACUGAGAAGAAGUUGCAGGAGUCAGAAUUGUUAAGAAGGCAGAUUGCAUUUCUUGUGGAAGAAAAUGGGAAGCUACUUGGACAUCAAAAUCCACAACAGAAAAUUCAGUAUCUAGUGAAACUGAAAAAGGACAACAACAAACUUAUUGAGGAGCUAAACCGACUACGAACAGAAAACCUGCUGUUUAGAGAAGGCAAGCAACCUGAACAAAUUCCUGAAGUGAAUUAUGUUUGUGCAGACGUAUAAUGUUGAUCACCUUUUAACAUGCUAGAGCGGCAUUCAGCUCCACUGCCAUAACCUCACCCUACCAGAACCAGCAUGCAGCCAACUUGUAAUGAUCACAAAGAAUAGAUCCCAUGUAUGCAUGAUGGGAAGAAACAGGUUCUCUUUAAUGAUCUGUGCCUAAACAGAGUUAACAUUAAACAAUAAAAUGAACAAGAUUUUAAAUAAAAUCUUUUACAAUGUAACUUGGUUA